AUGAGACGAGAAUAUUAUGUGCCACAGGCAGCGAAUAAGAGGGACCAAGUUGCACCAGUGUCUGAGGCCCUCACAGUGGCGGGAAGUUUGGAAAAAGUCAGUGAUUCUGUCACUCACAUUGUGGCAGAGAACAAUUCUGGUGCUGAAGUUCUGGAAUGGCUGAGAGGACACAAGAUGAGGGACAGUUCAAGGUUCGAACUCCUUGAUAUCUCUUGGUUCACGGCUUGCAUGGAAGCUGGAAAACCAGUGGAUUCAGAGAAAAAACAUCGACUCGUGGUGCAACAAGCUUAUCCUGCUACUUCAGAUACACCGGAAUCAGAAGCUUCAUCAUUUGUUGCAGGCACGGUCUCCCAGUAUGCAUGUCAAAGGAGGACCACUUUAAAUAACUGCAACAAAAAGUUCACGGAUGCUUUUGAGAUACUGGUUGAAAAUUAUGAGUUCAGAGAAAAUGAAGUACCUUGCCUUGACUUUAUGAGAGCAGCCUCUGUGCUGAAAUUCCUUCCAUUUACUAUAGUCAGAAUGGAAGAUCUAGAAGGACUGCCCUGCAUGAGAAGUGAAAUCAGAAAUGUCAUUGAGGAGAUUAUUGAAGAAGGAGAGAGUUCUAGAGCUAAAGACGUAUUAACUGAUGAACGAUACCAAUCAUUUAAACUAUUUAUUUCUGUCUUUGGAGUGGGAUUGAAGACAUCAGAAAAAUGGUACAGAAUGGGUUUUCGGACGCUGGAAGAAGUAAAAGCUGACAAGACCCUGAAGCUAUCAAGGAUGCAGAAAGCAGGGUUUCUCUACUAUGAAGACCUCCUUAGCCGUGUAUCUAAGGCAGAAGCAGAUGCAGUAAGCUUGAUUGUUAAAGAUGCUGUACGGACAUUUUUACCAGAUGCUUUAGUGACCAUAACUGGUGGUUUCAGAAGGGGUAAGAAGAUUGGACAUGAUGUCGAUUUUCUGAUCAGCAGUCCGGGGCUAGGACAACAACAAGAAGAAGUUUUACAUAAAGUGAUUGACUUAUGGAAAAAGCAGGGCUUGCUUUUAUACUAUGAUCUCAUUGAAUCAACAUUUGAGCAGGCAAAACUACCAAGCAGAAAAGUUGAUGCUUUUGAUCACUUCCAGAAAUGCUUUGCAAUUUUAAAAUUACAUCAGCAAAGAGUGGACACCAGCAGUUGUGAUACAUCAAAAGAAUCUGAUAAGGCAGAAGUCAAAGACUGGAAGGCAAUCCGUGUAGAUCUGGUUGUAAGCCCCUUUGAACAAUAUGCAUAUGCUCUGUUAGGUUGGACUGGCUCCAGGCAGUUUGAGCGUGACCUACGAAGAUAUGCCACUCAUGAAAGAAAGAUGAUGUUGGAUAACCAUGCCUUAUAUGAUAAGACAAAGAGGAUAUUUCUCAAAGCCAAAAGCGAGGAAGAAAUUUUUGCGCAUCUUGGCUUGGAUUACCUUGAACCCUGGGAAAGGAAUGCGUAAAAAGAUUUGCCCAUGUUCUUUCAUCAGUACACAGCUUUGCUAUAUCUUACUGUUUUUAUUAGUGCUCAUCAUUGCAGUAUCUUUCUGAAUUAGAUAUCUAUGUUACAAGUAUAAAUGUGUCUUUAUAAAGAAAAUCAGUGAAUAAAAUAUUAGCUAGAAUUCAUUAUAGAUACUGAUGUUUUAUGUGCUCCUAGAAAGAAUACCUAUUUAAGCCCUGAAAGCUUCUGUUCCUGAGCUGUGCAGUAGUCAGAGCUUGAGUGACCACAGUGUUACUCCAGUUUUAUGCUGAUGAAUUUGCACUAAAACCACUGGAAUAAAACUAUAAAGUAUUGCAGCAGCGAGUCAGGGUGUAAAUAUACAUUUGGCCGAGCUUGUGGUGGACUUACAGUCAACUCAACUACUCUUCACUGUUUGUCUGUCUGAGACACUAUCUUCUGACUGCCACAUCCACUCAAUUGCAACAUUUCAGGCAAUGUUCUAGGUACUAAUGGCUUGAACCCUAUUGAUUUUGGGGGGAAAUCAGAAAACCAAAAGGGUGGACACAUGGAGCCUCUGCCAUCUGAUUAGUACCUCUGCAAUUGUUUAUAGAUCAAGCAACAAGUUUGAUAGCACCAAUUAGCACCUUCCAUCUUAACACCUGUCAACAUCUUCCAGUAUGACAACACUCAUCUCAUUUCUGCCUGUCCUAUUGUCUGGCAGAAAAGUAAUUUUGGGUGUCAAGUCUGCUUUCUCCCAGACAAGUCUGCUUUCUGCAUUACCAUGCUGAUACAUGAAGCACCUUCCAUUUUGUUUUGCAUCAUGAUGCUGACACUUAAAUAGAAAUGGGAUUUUUCAAUCCUAGUGCAAGAGAAUAAAAGCUACAGUUGCUCAUCUAAAUACAAUUCUUAAUUCAGGGCAAAAUUAAUCAGAAAUUAUACUUUAGGAUUGUGCCAUUUCUGCAUACUUCAUACCACAGAGGAAUUAUUUAACAUCCUGGUUUCUGCAUAAAGAAGUGUUUGCAACUGGUAACUCCCAUCUUGCCUGCCUAUGCAUUUCUCUCAGUUAUGUCACCUGGAGGAGAGUGUAUGUCAAAUGGAGUUAUAGCAGACAUGCCAACUCUUGUGAUUUCUAAGUAAAAUUAAGCCUGAGUUGUAUGAGGAGAUUUCGGCAAACCAGUAAAAUGUCUGAAACCACUAUGGCUAUUGCUAAAAGCAGCCUUGUCAGCAGUCUCAGCUUGACCAAGGCAGGAGGGGAGGGGCUUUUGGGUGCCAC